UUUGGAGAUGAGAGCUUUCAGAUCAGAGCUUAAUCUUCUUGCGUUGCGCAAAGCGCAUUGAUGGUUUCAACUAUAAACAGUUCGGAAGUUCAAGAACAAAGUGCGAAAGAAACAAUUAAUUGAGUUGGCGAGUCAGAGUUGAGUGAAGAAACGACAUGAAUACGUGGGCGUUGGUGGCAUUUGCCUUCUGGGCACUGUUCCUGCGCUACCUGCCGCAGAUUCUCAACUUUCUGAGGCUGCAGCGGUUCGCCAAGACCCUGCCAGGACCAAGUGUGGCCGAGCUGAUAGCCAAUGUGAAGAAGGGAGAGAUCCUGAACUGGCUGAAGGAGCUGCGAGAGCGCCAUGGGCCUGUGUUUCGCAUCUGGUUCGGCAAGGAUCUGAUGGUGAUGUUCAGCGACCCCGAGGAUGUCCGACAGAUGCUGGGCAACAACGCGCUGCUCUACAAGUCGCGCAACUACAGACUCCUCGAGCCCUGGCUGGGCAAGGGACUGCUCACGAAUGGCGGCGAGUCGUGGCACCGGCGCCGUAAGCUCCUCACGCCCGGCUUCCACUUUCGCAUCCUCAGCGAGUUCAAGGAGCCGAUGGAGGAGAACUGCCGCAUACUGGUGAGCCGCCUGAAGGAGCGUGCCAAUGGCGAGGCCUUCGACAUUUACCCCUACAUCACGCUCUUCGCCCUGGAUGCCAUCUGCGAGACGGCCAUGGGCAUCAAGAAGCAUGCCCAGCUGCAGAGUGACUCCGAGUACGUGAAGGCUGUCCAGACCAUCUGCCGGGUGAUGCACAAGCAGAGCUUUUCCUUCUGGCAGCGCCUCAACAUAUUCUUCAAGUACACCGAGAUGGGGAAGGAGCGCGACGGCGCCCUGCGAGUGCUGCAUGACGAGACCAAUCGUGUGAUUCGACUGCGGCGGGAGCAGCUGCUCAAGGAGCGGGAGCAGCAAAAGCAGAACGAGGAUGAGGCUGAGACUGAGGAGAACGAUGUGGGCGGCAAGAGACGCCUGGCGUUCCUCGACAUGCUGCUGCUCACCCAGCUGGAGGGCGGCGCCGAGCUGAGCGAUGUCGACAUACGUGAGGAGGUGGACACUUUCAUGUUCGAGGGCCACGACACCACCAGCUCGGCCAUAGCCUUCGCUCUGAGCCUGCUCUCCAAGCACGCGGAGGUGCAGCAGCGUGCCUACGAGGAGGCGCGCGAUCUCGAGGGUCGCGAAAAGGAGUCCAUGCCCUACCUGGAGGCGAUCAUCAAGGAGACACUGAGACUGUAUCCCUCCGUGCCGUUCUUCUCGCGCCAGGUGCUCGAGGACAUGCAGGUGGGCAAGCACACCGUGCCCAAGGGGGCCUCGAUCAAUUGUCUGAUCUACAUGCUGCAUCGCGAUCCCGUCAACUUUCCGGAUCCGGAGCGCUUUGAUCCCGAUCGCUUCUAUCUGAACGAGAAGCAGAUGCAUCCCUUUGCCUUUGCCGCCUUCAGUGCGGGUCCACGGAACUGCAUAGGUCAAAAGUUCGCCAUGCUGGAGCUCAAGUGCAGCCUGUCCAGCCUCCUGCGCAGCUAUCAGUUUAUGCCCGACAAGGAGCACCAGCCCAUCCCGCUGGCCGAGCUGGUAAUGAAGAGUGGCAACGGGGUCAGGCUGAGCAUAAAGCCACGGCGGCACAACUGAAACUGAAACUGAACCCCCCGCCCUGAAAGUCAGCUCGGAUGAUCGCUCAAUCGCUCAAUCGCUCCAUCUUCAGCCCGUACUUGUAGUCUGAAAUAAAUCGCAAAUAUUUAGUCUAAAAAUAGGCAAAUUUCAUGCAAAUAGCUCAGCCGUCUGCCUGUCCCACGACCAUGUGACGCGCACAGGGAGCGACACUGUGGGACUGUGGCUGGUGGUGGGGGUCAGGUUUGGGGGUAUCAGUAUCAGUGGCUAAUAAUAGUCCAUCCCAUCCAGCCUCGGACCAGGGGAAAUGAUUAUUGCAAUUAUGUUAUUAUUGGUUUGUUUAUUGUUUAUUGUUUAGCUUUUGCUUUGUUUAUUUCAAUUUGAACUAUGGAAAAUACAAUCGAUCAUAUUACUCGUACAUAUACAUAUACACACAGAUAGAGGUAUAUGUAUGCAUGUGUGUGUGUGCAGUUUUGGUUUCA